AUGGCAGCGACCGCCUUGGCGAGAGAGACUCAGCCACGGUCAGCGCUCCAAGUCUCUGCACAGGUGGGGACUUCAGUAGGAGAGAUGGCGCCAGUCCUCGGUGACGACCGGAGGGCUGGUCUUGAGGGAGCGGCGGAGACGCAGUCAGAUGCGGUUCUGGAAGCGCGAGACUCGCGAGCGGACGGCGCGAUUGACGCGACGUCUUCCCAAAAUGGAAAGCCCAACGAAGAUACGGAAGAAAGCACCGAGGCGUCGUCAGGGGUCACGGGGGAAGCGGAGGAGUCCGGCGAACCGGAACCAAGCGCUGCGGCCGAAAAUGAUGAAGCAAGCGACGAACGACCUCCCGCGAUAUCUGAGAAAGAAAAUUUGAGCGAGGAGGCUCCACAGGGCGAAGCUGCAGCGGAUGCUGAUGCGGAGCCAGGGGAGCUUUCCCCGGAGGCACAAGACGCCGCUUCUGUAACCGAGAAGCGCGAAGACGCACCCGUCGACGACUCCAAGGAGUGCUCGCCAAGUGCUAGAACCCCCCCUGCGAACACGGAGGUGCCUUCGGACACGCAGGGCGACUUGAGGGCCGCAAUGCAGCGAGACUCAGCCAGCGCAGUGGAUGCACGCGAUCAGGAGAAAUCCGCCUCCACUGACGUGAAAAGAGACGCUGCGACGAUCCAAACGAACGAGCCGAAACCCGAGGAUGUGGCGGCUGCGACAGGACCCUCCGCGGCGGAAGCCGAAGAACAGGCUACUCGGGCCGAGGAGCCCCAGCCGAGCCCGACGGCAGCCCUUCCAGCGGAUGCCGCUACUAAGCAAGAACCGAGCGACGACCAGCCUCAGACUGCGACGCGGUCAGGAGGCGCAGAAGAAGUGGCUGCUCUCGCUGGUGCGCCCGGCGCUCAAAGUCGAAAAUCCGCGAAGGAGGACGCCAAGGGUGAUGCUGACAUGCCGGCGUCUGGCGCGCCCGCGUCUGCAGAGACAGGAAAAGAGAAAGAGUCUCCACAGUCAACGCCCGGUGGCGAGCCGCCGGCGAGCGCCAACGGCGAGAGGGGGGAGAAGAAGCUGAGGAAGAAGAAGAAGGAGAGGAAGACGGUCUUUGAGAGCGUGCCGGAGCCUUCGAAGGCCCACACGGGCGCUCGGGCUGCGGCGCUUGCGCGCAAGGAAUCGCAGACGGUCUUCGAGUCCGCGCCCGCGGAAAAAAGUGCAGCGCACUUCCGAGCGUGUGAGAAGGCGCCGGAGAGGCAGCAGCUGCGAACUGUUUUCGAGGCACAGAAGGCUGAGAAGAGCUCCGCCCACGUUCGGUACGGAGAUAAAGCUCCUGAUCGAACGGAGGGUCCGACUGUGUUUGAGGCGCAGCGGACGGCGAAGAGUACCGCAGACUUCAGAGCCGGCGAAAAGAUCUCAGACCGCAAGGAGGGUCAGACUGUCUUCGAAUCUCAGCGCUCUACAAAGAGCAUCGCCGACUUUAGAGCGGACGAAAAGCUCUCCGACCGCAAGGAAGGCCGCACCGUCUACGAAGCUCAGCGAUCGACGAAAAGCGUUGCGGACUUCCGGGCUGGGGAGAAGCUCUCAGACCGCAAGGAGGGUCAGACUGUGUUUGAAUCUCAGCGCUCGACAAAGAGCAUCGCCGACUUUAGAGCGGACGAAAAGCUCUCCGACCGCAAGGAAGGCCGCACCGUCUAUGAAGCUCAGCGAUCGGCGAAGAGCUCGGCAGACUUCAGAGCGGACGAAAAACUCUCUGACCGCAAGGAGGGACGCACGGUGUACGAGAGCGAGCCUCAAGCGUGGCCGGCGAAUGUACGAUACGGAAUGGAUGUAAAGAAGCAAGAGAGUUUCGUGGGCGCCAAAACGGUGUUCGAGAGCCAGCCCCUCCAGUCUCGUGCCAGUGUCAAAUACGACACCAAGCUGGAGCCUGUGAGCAAGGGACCGACUGUGUUUGAGAGCCAGCCCGCUGAGACGAGGGCGACGACGUCGUGGAGAGAUCGCAAGGUCGAUCCUGCCGCGGCGCCGACUGUGUUCGAAAACCAGCCCAAGAUUAUCCGCGUCGACGCGUCAGCCAACCGUCCACUGACGUCGAGCAGCAGCGAGUAUGAAACUGACACGGACGAGGACGAGGACGAAGAAUAA